UCCUCUUUGUGUGAACUGUUGUCACCAUCAAACAAAUAAACAAAUGGUCCUCUCGCUGCUCUAUAUCAAUGGAGCUAAAAAGUCGAUCUCUUUGAAGCGCUUGUCCCUGUUCUGUGUUCCCUUCUCUCAUGGUUCCAUGAAUCAAUCCCGAGGGAGUACCACGCCCACGUGCUAAAAAGAUGAUGUUGGUUUUGCUUCAUGGACAUUGGAGAUGAGGGUUUCAUGCUGAGAAAAAAAAAAAAAAAGUUCCUUUUUUGUUGGGCAUUAAGAUUUGCGCAAUUUGAUUUGAGAGACGAUGGAUUCGCUGAUCGGGCAGCAGAGUUUUCGUCGGAAGAAGAUGACGAAGCAGUUGACGGGGAAGAGGGAUGACACGCCUCUGCAUUCGGCGGCGAGGGCCGGGAAUUUAGCAGUUGUUAAGGAGAUUCUUUCAGGGACGAACGACGAGGAAUUGAAGGAUUUAUUGUCGAAGCAGAAUCAGGCAGGGGAGACUGCUUUAUUUGUUGCUGCGGAGUAUGGGUACGUCGAUGUGGCGCAUGAGAUGAUCAUGCGUUAUGAUGUUGCGACGGCCGGAAUAAAGGCUAAGAAUGGUUAUGAUGCUCUCCAUAUUGCAGCUAAACAAGGGGAUGUAGAUGUAGUGAAGGAGCUCUUACAAGCCCUUCCGGAGCUCUCGAUGACUGUUGACCUCUCAAACACCACGGCAUUGCACACCGCUGCUACGCAAGGCCAUAUCGAUGUAGUGAAUUACCUUUUAGAUGUCUAUGGGAGUCUCGCUCUUAUUGCGAGGAGCAAUGGCAAAACAGCCCUUCACUCUGCUGCGAGAAACGGGCAUUUGGAAGUUGUGAGAGCUCUUUUGCGUAAAGAUCCUGGGAUCGUAACUAGAACCGAUAAGAAGGGCCAAACUGCACUUCAUAUGGCAGCGAAAGGAACGAGCUUAGAACUAGUCGAAGUGCUUUUAAAUUGUGAUCCGGCGUUGGUGAACUCGGUGGACACAAAGGGCAACAGUGCGCUGCAUAUAGCAGCAAGGAAGGGUCGGUGUCAGAUGUUUGCCACGCAUAACUCGAACAUUGUAAGAUGUCUAAUACUUGUGCAGAUCAUAAAGAGACUGCUAGAUAUGAAGGAGACCGACACCAAAUUAAUCAACCGAUCAGGAGAGACCGCGGUUGACACUGCUGAGAAGCUCGGAAACCCAGACUGUGCCGCCAUACUAGCCGAGCAUGGCGUCGAAAGUGCCCGGACCAUCCGGCCCGCCAUGAACCCAGCCCGUGAAUUAAAACAAACGGUCAGCGACAUAAAGCACGAGGUCCAUUCACAGCUCGAGCACACUCGACAAACACGAAAGCGUGUUCAAGGAAUCGCAAAAAAGUUAAGUAAACUCCACACGGAGGGGCUCAACAAUGCAAUAAACUCCACAACAGUUGUUGCUGUUCUUAUUGCAACCGUGGCCUUUGCAGCAAUCUUCACUGUCCCUGGCCAGUAUGUGAGUUCAGACAAUCUUGCCCCAGGAUUAACCAUUGGCGAAGCUAAUAUCGCACAUGAAACCCCGUUUAUGAUCUUCUUUGUGUUCGAUUCGGUGGCUCUCUUUAUAUCGUUAGCUGUCGUGGUGGUACAGACAUCUGUGGUUGUGAUAGAGAGCAAGGCGAAGAAGCAGAUGAUGGCGAUUAUUAAUAAGUUAAUGUGGCUUGCUUGUGUCCUUGUUAGUGUUGCAUUCUUGGCUCUCUCUUUUAUUGUCGUGGGUGAGCACGAGAAGUGGUUGGCUAUCGGAGUUACAAUUGUAGGGACUACAAUAUUGGCAACGACAUUGGGCACUAUGUUGUAUUGGAUUAUAGCGCAUCGGAUUGAGGCUAAGAAGCUGAGGAACAUCAGGCGGUCUUCACUAAGUAGGUCGAGAUCGUGGUCGGUCUCUGGAAUGUCGGAUGCGGAAUGGAUUGACAAGGAGUACAAGAGAAUGUAUGCAAUUUGAGUUUAACACUAGUGCUGGGCUUCGACUUUGCUAUAGAAAGUGUAUUUCGAACUGAGUAUAUAUUACGAUGACUGAACUAUCGCUGUUCUUCUCCUUGCGGCAGAAAUUUUGCUUGGAAUGGAUGACAAAGUGCAGGAAUUUAACAAGUUAACAUUUGAUGAAAUGUUGUGGUUGUUCACAUGUGGCUUUUUUUGAGGAAAAUGAUAAUAGAGAGUCGGUUUUGGCUACUAAUUUCUACAUACUGUUUAACUAAAUUCACCAUCUUUGAAAAUCUGAAAUCGGAGUCAAAUAAAUGUGGAUCCCUUAAAGCAGGGAUGAAAACAUUUGUAAUAGUACAGAAAUUUCUUCUUUUUAUGGUAAACUACACUGAUUGCAUCGAUUA